AUGGAUGAUGAGGGACGGGUGUGGAGUGUUUGCGACGUCUCCCCAGAACGGAAACCACGCUACGUCAAUUUCUUCACCAAUUCCUGGCGCCUGAAGGAUCCCUGGGGCACGCCAGAUCCACCGACCGACGCGCGAGGCGGAAGGAACUUCUUCCGAUCCGAGAGAAGAUUCGCCGGCUCCGAGGCGUCACCUCUACUGAGCGUCAAGACGGGAGGAAGGGGCCACGUGGGGAUUCGCGUGUGGUCUGUGGUGCAGUGGUCUGUGGUGCAGAAAGAGGCGAAUGCCAUUCCGUGCAACGAAACAGUGAAGGUAAUGGUAGAGAUGGGAGGAAGUGGUGGUAGAGUAGAAGGUGCAGAAGACGGUGGCGAAUACGUAUGCGAUAGUGCGGCGGGGGAGGCUGAGAUAACGAUGGCGGAGGAAGUGGAGGCGAGUGGUAUGAGUAGUAGUGGUGGUGAUGGUAGUGGUGAUGGUGGGUGA